GUUAUACAUUUAUCAUUGUUGUAUUUAUUUGCUUUAUUGAUUAAUUUUUUCAAUUCUAAUUUUGGCUAAAUUAAGUUUGAUAUUGUUGAGAGAAACAUUCAAACAGCCUCUGUCUUUUAAGUAAAAAAAUUUAAUUGAAUCAUACAGUUUAUGUCGUUUAUUUUGAAAAAUCUUCAGUUUCGGGUCACCAACUGACGGAGAUCCUAAAGGAGUUCUGACCACGGAAGAGUUCUAAACAUCUACACCUGUACAGAGACUUGUCUUACAGAGCACUAGGAACGAAAGCAGGAUGGAUUUCGAAGAAAUAUCACAAAAUGAGAUGAUCGAGAAAAUUGCUGAAUUGGAUCACAGCCUCUCUCAGCAGAGGGACAGAAACAUCCAGAUGAGGCACUUUCUAGACGCCGCAGACGACGAAAUAGCAAUGCUCCGCUUGGACAACUCCACGCUAAAAAAACAGCUGGAAGCCUUGAAGAAGGUCAAUAGUGAGGAGCCGCAGGUUGAGGUCGAGCCCUGCAUGUGCUCUGCAGGCGAUGUCAACCGCUGCAAUGAAAUAAGAGCUCAUGAUUUGGAGAAGGAAGUCACUGAUCUAAAAGAACAAAAUAAACAACUAACUGAACAGAUCACAGAAGAAAGAGACCAAAACAAGAUGUCUUUAAGCAGAAUGGGAGCAGCCCAUCAAAGCCUUGAGCGUGGACUGGAGGAGGCUCAGUUAGAGCUACAGCAAAAGGACGAGAUCAUUCUUCAGAAAGAUCUCCAAUUAAAUCAUCUGUGUAAAACAAUGGAAGAGUAUUCGGAUAUCAUAAAGGAUCUCAGGCUGACAAAGCAAGACCUAUUAGAGAAGCUUGAAGACAGACGUGAGGAGGCGUCAAUGGCCAGUGCACUUGAGCUCAUGAGAGCAGAUCAGGGAGAGCCUGCUCCUCUAGUCUCGAUCGCAGAAGAGAUCCUGCUGGCCUCACCACCAGAGCUCACUCCACAGGAUCCUGAAGUUGAGGAGCUUCAGGAGGAAGACGUGCCAGCAGUUAAAACAAACGGACAAAAAUUUGUUCACACUAUAAGGAGCGCCGCCCGGGGAACAGCACGGGUUCUGCUCCACGUCUUCAGUCUUUUUGUUUUCAUCAUCGUCCUUUUGGUGUCCUGUUUGUUAUUUAUUCAAGCUUUUCCCUCCAAGUCCUACAUUACUCUCAGCUACUCAGCCAUGCCUCCUGUGUGAGUUUUAUUAACAUUAGUACAAAAAAACACUACAAAUAAAAAUGUUAAGUUUGA